CGCACUAUACUCACUAUGGCACCCGCCGCAGCACGGACUCUCCUAGCGCUCAUCCUCACCUUUAGUGCAUCAAGUCCCGGAUUGACAGGUGAGAAGCCUCUGCAGCCCAGGAACGUGCGUCUGACGUCGGUGGGGCAGGGUCUGAAGGUCAGCUGGGAGCCUCCCAACCAGCUGGACGGACGGCCGGAGAGGUACAACAUCGGCUACGGCAAGUCCAUGAGGACACUACGCUUUAUCAAAGUGGACAAGGACCGACGCUCCGAGGUGCUGGAGGAUGUAGAGCCCCGACUUCUGCACUUUCUCAAGAUGAGUGCUGAGAACGAGGAGGCAAGCAAACCUGUGUACAGAGCAGAGACCCCUGGAGGUGGUGAAUGGGUUAAACUUGACGGAUUUGCGGUGUUGGGCGGGGCUCCUCUCAAUGCAUCAUCGCAAGGUUCCCCCCGGUCUGCUGCCACCUCCAGGCCUGACCCCCCAGGACGGAGAGGAACUGGGGGAGCCACUCAGGCACGGCCAUCAGUCCUGGCCAUGCCUAAGGUACAGCUGAGAGCCCCCCAGUCUUCCUCUGGCCCGCGGCAGCCAGAGAGGAUGAGCGCGGGGGCGCCACUGCUGGACAGGAGGAAUAUUCACACUCAGCCACAAGCUGACCAGAGGACCCAGCGCUCCCCGCAACUAGCAUCUGAGUCCGUCUAUGUGGUGUCACUGCAGGCCCAGAAGGCACAGGGCCGGAGUGCUCCUGUCAACAGGCCCGUCAACUCAAAAAUAGAAACUCCAGAGCCUGAGGAGUAUGAGGCCCAAGACAUCAGUGUGAGGGUUAUGUCCCCACAGUCAGUCCUCAUCAGCUGGGUAGACCCUGCCGUCGAGAUGGAGAAGGUCACCCCCGGAGGCUCCAGACACUACACCAUCAAGUACAGAGAGAAGGGAGAGUCAGCUCGGUGGGAGUUCAAAACUACCAAUCAAAGGAGACUGCUGAUCGACACCCUGUCAGCUGACGGCAUGUAUGAGUUCUCUGUCCGCAUCUCCCAGGGAGAUAACCACGGCAAGUGGACCGUGUCCGUCUUCCAGAGGACCCCUGAAUCAGCCCCCUCCGGUCCUCCGGAGAACUUCCUGGUGCGGCCACUAAGGGGGAAGGGGACCGCCGUCACGGCAACUUGGGACCAGCCCGAGGAGCCCAAUGGAAGGAUACGAGAGUACAUAGUGUCCUACGCCCCGGCCAUGAAGCCCUUCAGUAUGAAGAGCAUGACAUAUCGUGGCAGCACCACUUCUGCUGUCAUAGAUGGCCUGCAGCCUGGGGAACGCUAUAUCUUCAAGAUCAGAGCUACCAACCGCAAGGGCCAGGGGCCCCAGAGCAAGGCCUACAGCGUAGCCAUGCCCGGAAGCAGCAGUGCUGCUUCGUCCGUGUCGCGGCACUCAAACCAAGACACCAAGAGGACCGCCCACAACCCCAGCCACACCUCCAAACAGGACAGUCACCACGACAACACUGACCAUCAAUCGGCAGCGGUGACUGAGGAGCCGACCACACCCACUGAAACCACCCCGGCCCCUCCAUCCUCCAGAAGGACACGCCCCCUCACACAGACACGGUCCUAUCACAGCAUUUUCUCAUCUGUGAGGGGCUCGAGUAGGAACAUGGCGACCAAUCAGCGGUUAGGCGGUGGGUCUUCCACAGCCAGAGACAAAGGGAGGAUUACUGAAGACAGACAGGAGGAUGACCAAUCACCUUCUCCCAGUCCUGUAGAUGAGGAGAAGCUGGCCAAUGAGGCUGUAGAUGAGAAGAAGCAUCCGGAGACUCCAGGGAACGUUGUUCUGUCAAGAGAGGAAGAGGAGGGAUAUGGCCGAGGGAAAGACCCCUCUGUACCUGACAGCUUCGACACCAGUCUCAAAACUGAACUCAAAGAGGUUGUCACCCCGUUCAAACCCUCCUCCUCCCUCCCUCUCCGCAAGCCCCUCCCAGGAAGAAGAAUAUACGCCGCCCACAUCCCCCGGACAUCAUCCAGGCGACCCCUCUCCAGGACCGCAAGCUCUCUGUCCAGGACUCAGGAGGUGGAUACUGGAUCAUCUUCGUCUUCCUCAUCCUCCUCUUCAUCCUCCUCAUCCUCAUCUUCCACCACUACCUCCUCCAGCCGCAGUUACAGCCAGGAGUCUGCAGCCAUAAGAAAAGACCACACAGCCUCCACCUACCCUGAGAGGAAGCACUCUUACGACCAGCCAGGGGAGACUGACAUCAAACCAGCCACCCCGGCCCCAACCCCAGACAACACCGCCUCGGAGCCCGAGAAGGAGAAACCUUCCCUGGGUCGGGGUUCUGGCUCCGCAGGGCGUGGUUUUGGGACUGGGUUUGGGUAUGGUAGGAGGAAGCCUGGAGUUGUGAGCAGGGGUAACCCCUCCAGGGUUCUGAUUGGCCUACGGAAAGCAGGAUCAGCCACAUCCCAUUUAGCUUUGUCCAACAGAGCCAAAACCCCAGAAACCUCCCAAACUUCCAACACACAUACUUCUAACCAACACUCUUCUGACUCUAACACACCCAAUACACACUCUACCAACCGGCACACUGUGAACACACACACUCCCAACAAACAGACUCACAGUUCAAAUAUUCCUAACCCACAGGAGACUGCUCGUGACAGAGAGGAGCACAACCACCGCGACCACAAACACACACAUACAGUGACCGUCAAAGAUCCCACACCCAGUCCUCGAACCACCACCACUACAAUUCCCACCACCUCUCCACCUCCAGAAGAGGAGGAGGACCAGGACGACCAGGAGGACCAGGAGACAGGAGAAGAGGAGAGCAGCAACCUGACCCCUGGCCUCCCACCCUCCAGAGUCAACCCCCCCGAAAGACUCCCCCACCACCUGAGCCGUCACCAGUCCCGGCCAGGAUUGGGGACGAGGGUCUCCGGGGCAACGGGUGUCUCCGGGGCAACAAGGGUCCCCUCCCCAAGAGCUGAUGGGCGUGUCCCGUGGAGUAGGUCAGGGUCCUCAUCCUCUGUGGGGGCAGGGCGUCCUUACCUGAGGGAGAUGCCCACCAGGACAAGGGUUGGGGUCUCCGGGCCAACAAGGGUUUCUGCGGCGACGGGGGCAGCGGGGGUAUCGGGAGUGCAGGAAACUAACCCGGACCUCAAGAACCCCUCCUCCCCCUCCCUCAACCCACUGAAGAAUGACCUGGGGGCCGAGUCACCAAAACCUUCCUUGCCAAAUAGGAAUACAGCUCUGAGUGGCUCUAGAAACCCCAUCACUUCCUCCUCUUCUUCAUCUUCUUCAUCUACCAACUCCCGUUCUUCCUCAGGUGGACACAGAGACUCCAGUGAGCUGGUCAGCAGAGGAAGCACCAGGGAGGAUGGACACACCGACAAUGAUCACGAUGAGGAUUAUUUGGAUGAGGGAAGUAAGGAGGUCAUUGAAAGGAACCAGAAGGACCCAGAUCCCACCCCCGCCCCCAAAACCACUACCUCAUUGGCCAGCAGCCCUCUAAGGCCCGCCCAGGAGGAGGGCGUUGUGGAACGUGGCUCCUCCCCCAGAGGUAGGACUGGUUCGUUCUCCUUCAUCCCCAUCCCUGUCCCUCGACGACCAAUCCCAGGGACCAAUACGAGAGUCCGAUCCCCCCUGCUAGCUAAUCGGCAGCCUGCUCUGACCUCGGAGGCGGGACAGGGGACAAGGACACGCUACCCCAGCAGACCCAAUGGUGGAGUCAAGCCUGGCUAUGGAAACGGUAAGAAUGGGCGGCCCAACCUGACAGCCACCAGGGACAAGGAGCCCAGCUCCACAGAGGACCAGGGCAAAGCCAACAGUCGCAGACACAUCACUGGUCCGGAUGGGACUAAAUGGGUGGUAGACCUGGACAGGGGGGUUCUGAUGAAUGAGGAUGGGCGUGUCCUGCAGGACUCCCAUGGCAGGCCCAGAAGAGUGGUCCUUGGGGAGGAUGGACGCACCAUAUUUGACCACCAGGGAAGUCCAUUGGUCAACCAGGAAGGCCUGGCUCUGUUUGGUAACAGUCGAGACAGUCGACCGGUGGUCAACCCCAAAGAUAAGUUCCUGACCGUGGGAGGGAAACCUGUUGUUGGCCUGAAUCGCCCUAAACCCAGGACAACAACCACGACCGCCCCUCCUACCACCACGGAGGAGCCCACCACCCCAGAGUGGACCACGCCGGAGCCCACCACCCCAGAGUGGACCACGGAGGAGCCCACCACCCCAGAGUGGACCACGGAGGAGCCCACCACCCUGCCAAUGCUGCCUACCUGCCCGCCUGGAACAUUCUCCCGGUUGGACUCCCAGGGGUUCUCCUUGUUGGACCCGGAUGGGGUUCUCAACUGCUACCCAUAUGAUGAGUUGUUGCUUUCGACCACCCUGCCCCCCCCCACCACCACGAGCCCCCCCACACCAGUGCCAGACACCAGGCCGUUCAACAACAGCCCUUCCUCAGAGUUCGACCUCACCGGAAAGAAACGCUUCACAGCUCCCUAUCUGACCUACAUCCAGAAGGACCCAGGGUCUCCAUGUUCUCUGACCGAGGCUCUGGAGUACCUGCAAGUGGAUGUCCUUGAGAACCUUCUGGAGAAAGACAGCCUGGCCACCAAUCAGAAGCAGCUCCCCAGGAACAAACCCCAUAAUAUCACGGUGGUUGCCAUGGAGGGCUGUCACUCAUUCGUCAUCCUGGACUGGGCCCGACCCCUGAAGGAUGACAUGGUGUCAGGCUACAUGGUCCACAGCGCGUCGUACGAUGACGUUCUCAACAACAGGUGGUCCUCCAGCCAGUCCAGUGGAACACACCUGGCUGUAGAGAACCUCAAACCCAAUUCCAGGUACUACUUCAAGGUCCAGGCGAAGAAUGUAUUUGGGCUGGGGCCAGUGAGUGAAACGCUGACCUAUGUCACUGAAUCAGACGAUCCCCUGCUUAUUGAGCGACCGCCUGGUGGAGAGCCAAUCUGGAUUCCCUUCACCUUCAGAUUUAACCCUGCCCACAGCGCCUGUAAAGGAAGUCAGUUUGUCAAGAGGACCUGGUACAGGAAGUUUGUAGGCGUGGUCUUGUGCAACUCGUUGCGCUACAAGAUCUUCAUGGGAGAUGGGCUUAAAGAUACAUUCUACAGUGUAGCAGAUACCUAUGGUCAUGGAGAGGAUCACUGUCAGUUUGUAGACUCCUACCUGGAUGGAAGGACAGGCAUGCCCAACCUCUCCAACCAUCUGCCCACCGCACAAGGUUACUAUCGUUCCCACCGGCAGGAACCAGUGACCUUUGGACCGAUUGGCCGCCGCACACCCCACCCCUUCGUGGGCUGGUACGAAUGUGGGGUGCCCAUACCUGGGAAGUGGUAACACAGGGGUCACUGAGAGGUUGUUGCCGAGGGCGAUCAGAUUCUGUCCCUAGGCCUCUCACUCUCAUUGACUCCGCCUGAUAAGGACGUACUGUAGCUAACCAUGGCAGAGGAAGCCUGUAUAGAGCUCCAGAGAAAGAGAAUAUAAUAGUUAAAUCAACAUCAAUAUGUCCCUGUAUUUUACAAUUGUGCACUUUUUAUAUAAAGAAGUCUGUAUAUGAGGG